AUGGCGGAGGGCGGCGGCGGAGAGGCGGGCGAGGAGGAGCCGAGGGCGGCGGGGCCGCGGCCCCCAAGCGCGCGGGACUUGCAGUUGGCCUUGGCAGAAUUAUAUGAAGAUGAAGUGAAGUACAAAGCUUCCAAAUCUGAUAGACCUAAAGCUACAGCCUUUAAAAGCCCACAGACAGCACCUCAAAGGUUCUAUUCAAGUGAACAUGAAUGCAGUGGAUUACAUAUAGUUCAACCUUCAACUGGGAAAAUUGUGAAUGAACUUUUCAGAGAGGCAAGGGAACACGGGGCCGUCCCUCUGAAUGAAGCCACUAGAACCUCGGGUGAUGACAAAUCUAAGUCUUUUACAGGUGGAGGAUACAGAUUGGGUAAUUCCUUUUGUAAGCAGUCUGAAUACAUCUAUGGAGAAAAUCAGUUGCAAGAUGUUCAAAUUUUGCUUAAACUGUGGAGCAAUGGUUUCAGCUUGGAUGAUGGAGAAUUGAGACCUUACAGUGACCCAACAAAUGCCCAGUUUCUGGAGUCUGUUAAGAGAGGAGAGAUUCCCCUGGAGCUUCAGCGACUGGUUCAUGGAGGACACUUGAAUUUGGAUAUGGAGGACCAUCAGGAUCAAGAAUACAUAAAGCCUCGGUUGAGGUUCAAGGCUUUUAGUGGAGAAGGACAGAAACUUGGAAGCCUCACACCUGAAAUAGUCAGUACACCUUCCUCCCCAGAAGAGGAGGAGAAGUCACUAUUCAGUGCAGUGGUUCUUAUUGACGAUUCCAUGCCAACCACCAAAAUCCAGAUCAGGUUAGCAGACGGGAGCCGUUUGAUACAGAGAUUCAACAGUACACACAGGAUCCUGGAUGUCCGGGACUUUAUCGUGCAGUCUCGUCCUGAAUUUGCAGCUCUUGACUUUAUUCUCGUGACUUCGUUUCCAAACAAAGUGUUAACAGAUGAAAGCCUGACACUACAAGAAGCAGAUAUUCUUAACACUGUGAUACUCCAGCAGUUAAAAUGA